AUGUUACGACUACUAUCAUCCAUAUUUUGGUUGAAAUUAAGAAAAUUUCUGUUUCUUUAUCCAACAUUUACUAUUGAUAAAGAUGUGAAGGGUCGAUUAUAUUGGUUGGCUGCUAAUGGUCAUGUUUAUGAAGAAUUCAACAAUGACAUAUGCAACGAGUCCCAUGAUGAAGAUAAUUUCAUUCACAAACCGACGACCGAAAAUCAUGAAAGAGAAGUGGAAUUUCGGCCUGAUCAAUUUUGGGCUUUUCUUCUUGUAAAGUCGAAAAACCAAUGUGUAUUGAAAUGUACAAAAUUAUUUCUUAUGCGUACUCAAUUCCUUGCUCGAAUGCAUUUGUUGAAGGCGUUUUUAGCCAAAGAAAAAAGCGCAUGGACAACCAGUCGCAAUUUGACGGUGAAUGAAGCGAUAGCUGCUGAAUUGACAAUCAGAUUUAAUGGUACUAUGACAUGUGAAGAUUUUUUUCUUUUGCUCAAACACAAUCGCAACUGAUAAAGUGUGCCAAAAGUCAACAAAAAUAAAAUUUCGAAAAAAGUGUGCAACAGUUAGUGUAAAUAUAAAUCGAGAAGGUUCGCUUUGAGUAAGCAUUGUUUUAUUAUGAAUUGAAUAUAUGUAUGUCAAAAUGAAAUUCUAUUGUGAACAUAUUUAUUAGAAAAUAAGGAUUUCAAUUUGAAAGCUAGACUUUUAUAGUAAAACGAAAAACUGAGAAUGCCCGUUCCUGAUUGAAAAUAGUUUUCGAAAUUGAUUUCCGCAGCCGAUGACCAGUGUGAAAGAUGUAAACUACGUACCUCACAAAUGUACCCCAUUUACAACUGAGUUGUACCUAACGUGUACUCAUGCUUUUUUGGUGUAGUUAAAUGAACACCAUUUUUUUUGGCGUUUUUUCUACAUUAUCAAUGUUUUGCUGGGUUAAAAAAUUUUGGCCUAUCAAUAAAAAUCUUGCCAAUUUUGCCCAUGGUUUUUUUUUGACUUAAUAGAAGUUUGCCCAAUGGCCUAAAAAUCCUGGUUACGCUGCUGAUAAAGAUCAAAUAUAUUCCUCGCUUACCAUGCAAGAUGAUAAACGAAAUCAAUGUGUGGUAUCAAGAUGAGAAAACUUUCUAGUUUAAAUUCAAGUAGAUGAGUGAGAGAGCGACUCUUUACAACACAGAUUUCCGUGAAAACAGGUUUUUUUGACUGUAUUGAAAAUUAUGUGUUAAUCUCGCUCAUAAUACCGUUUCACUCUUCUUUUCAUAAGUAUCCUAUGAGCGAAAAUGAGCGAGGAAGUAAGACGAGACUUUCAUCGCAUAGAUAUACUCUAUUCACGACUUAUUAUACUAAAAAAGCUAGCGCUAAAAAAUCAAAUUGAUGGAUGUCAAAGAUUCCAGAAAAUACUUGAGAUUAUUGAAGCAACAAAAUUCUGCAAAAGCUAAGAUUCAGAAUGCACUAUCUCUACGAGAAAGAGCUGAGCGAGUCCACAGGCGAGUGUUACUUGUAAUCAUAUAAAUAUUUCACUUUUCAAGUGAAUUUCGUAUUGUGUGGAUGAAAAAUGACCGAUGUCAUUUAGAACAUUUGACAAUAUCAUUAUUUCUACUUCAAUAUUGAUAAUGUUUUGCAAAACAAAUAUGAGAUGCAACAUUGGAAAUCUUGUAAAAAAAUACUACAUAAUAAUAUAUUUUAUAUGAGAAUUUUACUCAUUUCUAAAGCAAAAUAUCUAUGUCAUUAAGACAAGAGCCUGCGGC